AUGAAACGUGCCGCGAGCUCGGACAACAAUCGCUGGUCAAGCCCGCAAGAGUCUCCAAUUUCAAUUCCCAUACUGUCGAGUUUAAAGACACCUGUAUCACCUCCACCUCGGAAAAGGCUGUCCAACUCAAAGAAUGGAAACUCCUCGGAGUCAAAGUCAGCAACUGCCACAGCAGAGCCUGACACCCCCCACGAUCUAGCCGCCAUCGAAGCAGGUCAGGUCCAAGUUGAUGACCAUCUGAGCGUCAUCUCAAAAAGACUCAGCGAUCUCACCCGACCUGCCUUAGAGUCAGAAAAAUUACCCCGGAUUUCAAACGGAGACUGGAUACAGCUGUAUCGGCGCAAUGAGCACCCGAACGGACGCCAUUUUGUGAUACAUCAGCACGACCAUCCUGUUGCAGGCCCACAUUACGAUCUUCGGCUGCAGUUUUCAGAGACUAGCUCGGUCAGUUGGUCGAUUAUGUACGGGCUACCGGGUGAUCCCAAUAGUGAGAGGUUGAAUCGGAAUGCGACUGAGACUCGGGUGCAUUGUUUAUGGAACCACCUCAUUGAAACUGCGUCUCCGAAGACUGGCAGCCUGAUUAUAUGGGACACCGGAGAGUAUGAAGUACUACCAUACGAAGAAGAGCAAUCACAACUAGAGACCGAUGAUUCCAGGUCUGAUUCUGACGGCCCUGAAACCCGCUCCGAAGCUGUUUCGCACAGCCAUAAACUGAAAGAGGGAUUUAAAAACCGUAAAAUUCGCCUAAGACUACAUGGGACGCGCCUUCCUAAGGACUACACGGUCCUUCUCCGAAUGGACAAGAAAACCGACUUUUCGCGACCAAUUCGAAAAGGACCAAAGCGCCGACGACGAGCUCAUCAGAAUUCUCCAAGGCCUCCCCCUCCAUCAACAUCUAGUUCAGAUGCGGAGGACUCAGAGGACGGUCAUUCAGACAAUGGCGUAGACCUGGAUAUCCAGAAGAACAACGCAUACCCUGGAUCGGUGAACACGAUCGGGUCUAUUCACCAACGUAAAUGGUAUCUCAGUAUGGCACGCGAGAGUUCUGGAUUCGAACCACAGAAGGAAACGAGUGGCUCGAAGAGUUCUUCAAAGAAGAGAAGAUGGGUGCGGAAGGGUAGCAGUGACGGUUUGCUUGGAUUCGACCCAUUCUAUGUUCGCGGACCAGAUUUUGAGAGGAGCGUCGUUACAGGGCGAAGCGGACAAGAUGUUCUCGACGAUGAGAAUGUGGUAGAUUUCCACCCCAGGCGCGGGUGGAGGCCAGUCUUGAACUAG